UUUUUCCUGUUUUUUUUUUUUUUUUUUUUUUUUUUUUUUUUUUUUUUUGUAUUUCAAAAUAACACGAUACAGCGAAACGAAACAGUUUUCUAGCCACCGAGCGAAUGGGUAGAGCGGCUCAAUUGGAUUUUUAACUCUAGAGAUAGUAUACUACAUUUCCCAUACUGCCCUGCCGCGCAGCCGCUUCUUGUCACUGCUGUCGCCCUCAGCCUGUGUGUGUGUGUGUCCGCCGUGAAUUGCUCCAGCAUCCCUGCGCAGGCAGCAGGGCAAAUAUUAAUGUGAAAAAAAUAGAGGAAUUUACCAUCUAAAAAAAAAAAGAUGUAAUCGUGGGAUACGAUUUCACGCUAGGCUGUUUGCAAUGACGGACGGAAAAUAUGGAAGAGAGAAUUUUGUGCUGCGCCUCUUUGGAGGACGGACCGACGCGCAGGGAGAAAUGAUGCGGAAUAUUUCCACACAUAGAUGUUAACGCAGAAAAUACAAGAUGAAGAAGCAGUUCAAUCGAAUGCGUCAGCUCGCCAACCAAACGGUGGGAAGGGCAGAAAAAACAGAGGUGCUGAGCGAUGAUCUUCUACAGGUGGAGAAGCGUCUGGAUCUGGUCAAGCAGGUGACACACAGCACUCACAAGAAACUGACCGCCUGCCUGCAGGGUCAGCAGGGCGCCGAGACCGAGAAGAAAUCUGUCAAGUCACCUUCUAAAAAGCUUCCGCUCACAAUCCUGGCACAGUGCAUGGAGGAGGGAGCAGCGGUGUUAGGGGAUGACUCUCUGCUGGGUAAGAUGCUGAAGUUGUGUGGGGAGACAGAAGACAAGUUGGCACAGGAGUUGCUGCAGUUUGAGCUCCAGAUAGAGAGAGAUGUGGUGGAACCACUUUAUGUCCUCGCAGAGGUGGAUAUCCCCAACAUCCAGAAACAGAGGAAGCACUUAGCUAAACUUGUCUUGGACAUGGACUCAGCACGAACAAGAUUUCAGCAGUCAUCUAAGUCAUCCAGCCACCCAAGCACAAUGCAGCCCGGCGCCAAGUCCGAGUCCCUCAGAGAGGAGAUGGAGGAAACAGCCAAUAGGAUGGAGAUUUGUAGAGAUCAGCUGUCUGCAGAUAUGUACAAUUUUGUGGCCAAAGAAAUAGACUAUGCAAACUACUUCCAGACACUAAUAGAAACACAGGCAGAAUAUCACCGGAAGUCGUUAGAAAUUCUUCACAGUGUCCUGCCCCAGAUUAAAGCUCACCAAGAGGCGUGGGUGGAGAAGCCAUCAUUUGGCAAGUCUCUGGAGGAGCACCUGAAUAUUAGUGGGAGAGAGAUUGCAUUUCCCAUCGAGGCCUGCGUCACCAUGCUGUUAGAGUGUGGCAUGCAGGAGGAGGGUCUCUUUAGAGUGGCUCCAUCUGCCUCCAAGCUGAAGAAGCUGAAAGCUUCGCUGGACUGUGGAGUUCUAGAUGUGCAGGAAUACUCCUCCGACCCACAUGCCAUCGCAGGGGCCCUGAAAUCAUACCUCCGUGAACUCCCCGAGCCGUUAAUGACCACUGAACUUUAUGAGGAAUGGAUUCAGGCCUCCAACAUUCAAGAUAUGGACAAGAGACUACAGGCCUUAAUGGCAGUAUGUGAAAAACUCCCCACAGACAACUUAAACAAUUUCAGAUAUCUUGUCAAAUUUUUAGCCAAGCUGAGUGAAUAUCAGGACUCGAACAAAAUGACUCCUGGUAACAUGGCCAUUGUCCUUGGACCCAACUUGCUGUGGACACAAACAGAACCGAACAUGACGGAGAUGAUGACCACUGUUUCUCUGCAGAUCGUCGGCAUCAUUGAGCCGAUUAUCCAGCAUGCUGAUUGGUUCUUCCCUGGAGAGAUUGAAUUCAACCUGACGGGCUGCUACGGGAGCCCGAUUCACACCAACCACAACUCCAACUACAGCUCGAUGCCCUCGCCGGAGCUGGACCAGUCAGAACGCAAGCAGCAGCAGCACGACCAGAGCCGACGCCCGCUGAGUGUGGCCACCGACAACAUGAUGCUGGAGUUUUACAAGAAAGACGGCAUUAGGAAGAUACAAAGCAUGGGCGUCCGAGUGAUGGAUACCUCCUGGGUGUCUCGCAAGGGUUCAUCCACGCUGACGCGCAAGGCUUCCUCCACGCCUCCCGGCAUGCAGGGACCAGGCUCCCCCGCCGACGCUCUCAUCCCCGAGCAGCCCGGAGAGCUCGCCACCUCUCCCUCCACCACGCCGCCGCUUGGAGAAAGGGUUUGCUCAGACAUCGUGUUGCUCAAUCGGCCAGACACCUCUUAUGCCCACCCGACCCCAGGGGAGGACCGACCGCCCCCUCCUUACCCCUCCUCCUCGUGCCACUCUGCCCCCCACCACUUUUACCCCAAACCCCCGCCCUUCGCCCGACCCGUGGCGCCAGGUCCCGAGUCUCAGCCCCCAGUCUCGCCCCCACCCCCAAUGCGCUGGUCUGGCUUCACUCCCCCCGCCCCGCCCCCUUCCUCCUCUUCCUCUUCCUCCUCCUCCUCACUCGACAUCAAUUCGAACCCCAAACCUAGCUGUCUGCACUUCCCCAAGCACAGCCCGCCAGGGGACAUGUCACAAGCCCCUCCGCCCGACACUAACGCUUCCCCACUCUAUGUCAAAACCCCCCUGCUACUAACCCGCCAUGACCAGAGUCACAGCAACCUCCCUAGCCUCCCGUCGUCCGCUCCCCCGCCCCCGCCGUGGGCUGCCUGUCCAUGUGCCCGAGAGAGAGGACCCCCCAGGCUGACUAGUUCACUAAAGAGUAAAGAGCUUUCCCCAGUGAUUGGGCACAAAGGCAUCCAAGUGGCAACUCCAACAGUGCCCCCCAGCUGUAGCCCUCAGAGCAGCAGCCAGUCCCCCCACUCCACUGAGCACAGUCCACACACCCUGCGCAAAGGUUCCAAGAAGUUGGCCCCCGUGCCUCCCAAGGUCCCUUACGGCCAGUCCGGAGGGAUAUCUGACCAGUCCACAGGUCAGCCGUCCCCUGUAAGCCUGUCCCCUACACCUCCCAGCACCCCUUCCCCUUACGGACUGACCUGUCCUCCAGGGCAAGUACCUCCAUCCUCCCCCGGGCAGACUCCACUCGGGCCAACCCACUCCCUAUCAUCUCCGCCCUCCCUGUCCGGGACGCUUACCAAGUCGCGGCCCGCCCCCAAACCCAGGCAGAGACCGAGCCUGCCCCCUCCUCAGCCACCCCCAGCGCCCCCACCCAUGGCUCCAGUGCCUCAGCCUCUGGAGCAGGGCCUCCUGGAUGGACUGUCUCCUGGAGAGAGCAUGUCUACAGCUGUGUGAGGCCAGGGAUUCAGUGUGGGCUAAAUGUGAGGGGGACUUUUAGGGUAAGCCAGACCGCCCCUCGCCCCAUGCACUCCAUCUCACUGCCUGGCCUCGAAGUGUGGAUGCCUCUGGGUUUUCCUGCAGCCUGCCUCCAACACUCACCCCUUGCUCUUAAUCAGAUCAUAUAUUACCCUCUUAGCAGCAAUAUUGUAUCUUUGCACUUUGUUGUUCAACCAGUGAUGCAUGGCUUAAGGAUUUCCCAGAGUGCACCACACUGAGCUCACAUUGCAGUUACCAUCGCUUACAAAGGUUCAUCCAAAAGCAGCCCCCCACCCCCCCUUUCUGUACCUUUUUUAUUUCCUCGUCCCAUGCCAGCAGACAACCCCCCCCCCCCCCGCCACUCUUCUCAGGGGUCUUCAGGUAACCCCCCUACUCUUCUCCUCGGCAGGUUCAUUGCUUUUUGUAACCUCUGCUUUCUCUUACCACGCUCCACCUCAUUCCUACACAGGAAUAGUCAUCAGUAUGUUUGGACGUGUGGCUUCCAGUAAACGGUGCAACACAACAGAUUAGCGGCAGUUUCUGCAAAUAGUCGGAGCAGAAUUCAUGAGAAUCCAUUGUUACUUUAAGCCACUUGGUGUCUUGGUGACAUUUUCCUACGCACACACACACACACACACACACAUCUUGUCGCCUCUGUGUUUUGGCCGGUGUUGUAGACAUCUAGUGUGUCAAUGUGUCGUUGGAUUUUUGUUUUCUGACAAGAAAAAUGUGUCGCUGUUCUUUACAACUUUCCAAAAGCUGUGACAUGCUGUUCCUUACAGUAUUAUCGUCCCUUGAACCCAUUUUCACAUUUUAUCAUGUUCCAGCCAGAAACCUUUGACGUGUCUAAUUCAGAUUGUGUGUAAAAGAACAGCAGAAAGCAGUGCAUAAUUCUCAGCUGGAAGGAAAAGGACGGGGUUUUAGGAAUCCUUUAUAAAUAAAAUCCAAAUAGUGCAAAAGUAACUCAAGCUCAGUUUGAUUGGAUGGAGGACAGUGGUUUUCAAGUGUUUUAACAGAUUCUUGAUUGAAUUUGGUCUAGCCAUUCUAACCCAUGAAUAUGGUUUCUUCUAAACCCUUUCAUUGUAGUAUGGCUGUAUUUUCAGGGCUGUUGCCUUGCUGGAGGGUGAACCUCCACCUCAGUCUCUAGCAAGCCUUUUUCCAGGAUUUCCAUCUAUACAUCGCCCUAUCAACUCCGGCCGGCUUUCUGUCCCUGUUGAAGAAAAGCUUUCCCAUAGCAUAGUGUGGCUACCGCUUGGGCGUUUUCCAUUGUCUUUAUGAUAUAGUUUGUUCAUUAAUGUUCUCCAAUAAACCCUCUUAGGCCAUCACAGAACAGCUGGAUUUAUACUGAGAUGAAAUUGCACACAAUUUACAAACUAAAUGUCUUGAAACAGUUGGUUGCACUAGUAUCAAAGUUAGGCGGCAGAAUACAAAGACACGGCACACUUUUCAGAUAUUUAUAUAUAAACAGUUUAAAAAUCUUGAUAUUCUUUCCUUCCCACUUCACAAUGAUGUAUUGCUUUGUGUGUACUGCAGUGCGCUGAAGUUUCUGGUUGUAAUGUGACAAAAUGUGGGACAAUUGGGGGCAUGAAUACUUUUGGCACUGUGCAAAACUAGUCGUUUGCCCUGGUUGAUUUUAAACUGAAAACAUCCCUGUGUAGAAUGUGAAGCACAUAUAAUUUACUUGUUUCUUUAAUUUGGUCAAACAUCAUGUGCCACUCACUAUGAGUUCAUGAAAAGGCUUUAAUAUUACUUCUGCUCUCUUCCAUUUUUACAUCAUUGUCAUCACCCAUAUGCCUUCCCCUUUCCUCCUUUUGUCACUCAUAAAUACCAUUUCCACUGUUCUGCUCUUCACACUCACCUUUCCCCCCCAUCAUGCUCACCAUUAGAUAUCUUCAAUUAUGAAAUCCCCUCCAUCAAUGUCAAUCUGGACAGCCUCAUCGAUGAGUUCAGCGGUGCCCCCUGCAGGAGGUCCCUGGCAGUGGCAGACUCUCCAGAGGGGGACGCU